AUGAAAUUGUCCUAUAUGGUUAGGAAACUCUUGAAAACAACAUGUUUUCAAUGUACUUGUAUGUAUAUAUUUAUUCUCCUGCAAAUCUCACAUGAGGUAGCAGCAGCUGAUGCCAAUGUCUUGACCCUCUGGUGCCUGGUCCAGUCUGACUCACCUCUUUUGCUGGGUGCUGUAGCUGUCUGGUAA